AUGUCUUCCGCUGGCUCACGCGAAGAUUCUCGGGGCGACUCAGCUUCGGCCUCCUCCUCUCGAUCGGCUACGCCCGGCCCAUCCGUGCCGCCGGCGAGGCGGAGAUCGCAGUCCUUCGACACUACCGACUCGGAUUCAGACGCGGAUUCCGACCCAGAACCAGGCCCUCUUCCGCCCUCCGCACGAUCAAAGAGCCCUGAUGAUAGCGAAGAUGAUAGUGACGUCGGUCCACCGCCCCCACCUGCGCCUACAAAGGACUCCAAAGGUGCCAAUUCAACCGACCGCCCCGAUGGCAGAUCUGCCAAGCGAGCCCAGGAAGAUCGCGACGAAGCCGCUCGGCCACCACCGCAAAAGAGGCAAAAGCCCGCUGUUCUGCCUCACGAGAGCACGUAUCUGGGCAACCUGCCCUCGGCGGAUCGCUACUUCAAGUCGCUCAUGCACAGAGACACGGUCAACUCGGUGACCGUCACACCACGCUCCAACUUUGUCAUCACCACCAGUGUCGACGGCUGGGUCAAGUUUUGGAAAAAGUCUUCACUUGCACCUCCGCCCACUUCGGGAGUCUCGAAGCCAUCAGAAAGCUCGGUCUCAGCUUCCAACAUCUUCAGCGGCUCCUCCGUAGUCGAAUCGGUCAAGCAGUACCGCGCACAUCUGGCGCCCAUCAUUGCAUGGAGCUGCUCUGCCGAUGGUGCCUCCUACGCCACGCUUGAUGCAGAGUCCAAUGUCAAGGUGUUUGACGUCGACAAUUUCGACCUCAUUAACAUGAUCAAGCUUCGGUACAAGGCGCGCACACUCGCCUGGGUCCACCGUCCAGGCAGUGCUCGCACGCUGCUGGCCAUCUCGGACGAAGAGUCUUGCAAGAUUCGCAUCUACGAUGCACGAAGCUCUCCAUCGUCCAUCUCCAACGGCGACGGAGAGGAUACAGAUCAUGCACAGGACGAUUCAGCACAGCGAUCCACCUCGUCGGCGGUGCACCAGCCCAUCUUUACAGCGUCCAACGUGCACCGUUCCCCUGUCCACUUGCUCGCUUUCAAUGCGCAGCACAACGUGGUCGUCUCGUGCGACAUCACCGGAUUCGUCGAAUACUGGGUGCCCGAAGAGACGUGCCCGCCACCUUCGCCACUCAAGGUGCCAGGCGUGUUCGAGCUCAAGUCCACCACGGAUCUCUUCGAGUUCAAAAAGACAAAGACGGUUCCCACCACACUCACCUUCUCCCGCGACGGUGAAAAGUUUGUCAUCUUUUCCGCCCUCGAUCGCAAGAUCAGGGUGUUUGACUUUCGCACCGCCAAGAUCGCGCGCAGAUACGACGAGAGCCUCGAGGCGCUCCAAGCGUUGCAAGCGCAGCCGGCGCCGAGCCCCUCGGCACCGGCCCCGGACCAAGCCAACAAAGAUGACGCUUCGAUGCCAGCUUCGCAGCCGGAGAUCAACUUCAAGCUCGAUCAGAUGGAGUUCGGCCGCCGGUAUGCGUUGGAGCGCGAGAUCACCGCAUCGGGCGCAGCGGGACCGCUGUCCGGGCUGGCGAAUGCCAGCUCCGUGUCCAUGUGGAACGUCGUGUUUGACGAGUCGGGCCACUUCAUCAUCUAUGCCUCGCUGCAUGGGAUCAAGUUUGUCAACCUCGUCACGGACCGCGUCGUGCGGCUGCUGGGCAAGGACGAGAGCGUGCGGUUCAUGCAUCUGGCACUGUUUCAGGGCGCGCCCCAGCGCAAGGUCAGCUCGCUCGCAGCAGCCGCGUCCGAGAACCCGCUGCUGGCCAAGCAAGGUUUGGCAGAUCCGACGUUGUUUGCCACCGCAUUUGGCAGGGCACGCUUCUACAUGUUUACCCGCGUCGAUCCGGAUGCAUUGGGCGAUGCGGGCGAGGCGAGCGGAGGCGACCGCGAUGUGUUCAACGAAAAGCCGACGCGCGAAGAACAGACGAUUGCUGCCGCCACAUCUCUCGGCAACAAUCGCUCGCGCAACGCCGCCGGCGCAAGUGCCUCGGUCGGCGUCAAGCACUCGACAGCCACCUUGCACACUACGCUCGGCGACAUCCACCUCACCCUCUAUGCAGAUCUGGUCCCCAAAACCUGCAACAACUUCAUCGGUCUAGCGAAAAAGGGAUACUACAACGACGUGAUUUUCCAUCGCAUCAUCAAAAAGUUCAUGGUGCAAACCGGCGAUCCCCUCGGCGACGGUACGGGCGGCGAGAGUCUCUGGGGCGGCAACUUUGAAGACGAGUUUCACCCGAGCCUGAACCAUUCCAAGCCGUUUACACUCAGCAUGGCCAAUGCAGGUCCCAACACCAACGGCAGCCAGUUCUUCAUCACCACCGUCCCCACGCCCUGGCUCGAUCGCAAACACACUGUGUUCGGCAAGGUCUCGGCGGGCAUGGACGUCGUCAAGCGCAUCGAAGACGCCAAAGUCGACAAGAACGACAAACCUCGCCAAGACAUCCGCAUCAUCAACAUCUCCCUCCGCUAA